UUCCAACAGGUUUGGAAACAGCUUCUACCUUAGAGCUGACCAAUUGGGAACAGAUCAAGUAGUCUAGCUUAAUGCCAAGAGAAGCAGAGUCCAAAUGAAAGAAGUAAAUAUUUGCUUCAGUGAAAUGGCCACAUUGUGAUACAGUUAUGGACGCCUGGAAGCAAUACCUGGAAUGGAUUCGAAAAAAUCCUGACCAAGUUACAGACGUUGAAAAUGGAAUCAAGUGGGCAUCAUAUCUUUUUACAUUUUACUUAGGGCGAUCGAAGCGAGCUUUAAUCUUGAGCGAAAUCGUUCAACAAAGUGGUACACUGAUCAAGUUUAUCAACGACAGGGCCUUUGAAAAGGCCAACACUAUCGCAAUAGGCUUUGAGUUUUCCAGACUGGAGUGUUUCUUAGGUUUUAUCGAGUCUAGUGAAGCAAUUUUAGAACUAUCAGCCCACCUCGUUGGAGGCCCGGUCGGAAAAUGGAUAGUCGUUGUAACUCUACAAGUUUUAAAGUCUACCAUGAGAGGCCUUUUACUUUACAAGCGUCAUCAAAUGCUCAAAUACCCCACAAUUGAACCUCUUAUUCGUGAUGGGAACCAAAACUCGCAACCCAAUCAACAAUUCUCAAAACUGAGAUCAGGCAAAAUCAUCCGGAAGCUCGAAGCAGAUGGCCGUGUCACUAAUCGCACUUGGGAUAUCAGAGAGGAUUACAACGCUCUUCACAUGCAAUCAAAGCCUCUGGGACAGUUCCAGAUAUUGGGUGAAGUGAUUUACAUAUCAGAACCCCUGGCUUACCUGUCUGCUCUUGGAAUAUGCGGACCCCGUUCGUGGAAGCCGUGGCUUUUGGCUAUGGGGUUGGACGUCACUAGUCAAGUGCUUUCCCACCAAAAAGAUAACCAACGCCAUUUUACCGCUUGGGAAACCGAAGAAUUGACGAGAAGGCGGAAUAAUUUGGCCCUUUAUCUCAUGAGAUCCCCGUUUUAUGACAACUUCACCAAACAACUAGUACUCACUGCUUUGAUUUGUGCUAAGAAAAAGAUCCCCCUUACAUGGAUUUUGAUCGAAUUUAUCUUGACAAAGCUACCACACUAUCGUAAUAUCUACGCCUAUUUGUGGGCUAAAUAGAAAUAUAAGUAAAACAAGAAAAUUGACGAGGCUCAAUUUUGAGCAAAGUCAGCGAGAUUCACGCAAAAAUCCUCACUCAACCUAACCUUUCAAUGGCGUUGAAGGGGCUUUGAGUGACAAAAAUAGAGAAUAAAAACAAAAUUCCAAUUA